AAGAAAGUGCUCUUCCAUAUUUACAUCCCAUCCCUAAAUAUUGUGGAAGAAUUGUUCAGUGGCAUUGAAAAAUGGCGCACACAGACUUGGCUUUAUCCGAGUCCUUGUCGAAUGACCAUCAAACACAAACUCCAGAGGACAUGAAUGCUACUAAUGAACGUGUAGAUGAAGGUGAUGAGAAUGUGGAGAGAGGUAACUGGUCCUCAAAGACUGACUACUUGCUCUCGAUGAUCGGCUAUGCUGUGGGUCUGGGCAAUGUCUGGAGAUUCCCGUACCUGGCUUACAGAAACGGGGGAGGUGUGUUCCUGAUUCCCUACUCUCUCAUGCUGGCACUUGUUGCGAUGCCAAUGGUUUUCUUGGAAUGCUCCUUUGGCCAGUUUGCCAGUCUCGGACCCAUUGGAGUGUGGAAAGCUGUGCCCAUGUUACAAGGUGUUGGAAUCACCAUGGUCCUUCUGGUUAUAAUUGCCAACAUUUCCUACAGCUCCAUCAUUGGCUACAGUCUGUACUACCUGUUUGCUUCCUUCCAAUCACCUCUGCCGUGGGCAGACUGCUUCAGUUGGUGGGGAGCAAAUGAAACAUGCAGCAGGACUCCCAAAGAUCCACUCUGCAAUCUCGCUCAGGUCGAUGGAUAUUUUGAAAUCGUUAAUGCAACAUGGCUGCAGACAAACAAUGAAACUUGUCCGAAUGGAUCAGAAAUUUUCAUGCCUCACCAGGGUCCGAGUGAGCAAUACUGGGAUAAAGUGGUUUUACGCCGUUCAAGUUCAAUGGAUGAGACUGGGGAGAUAGUCUGGUAUUUAGCCCUCUGACUGCUUCUGACCUGGUUGAUAACUGGAGCAGCGUUAUCGAGAGGAAUCAAAUCUUCAGGAAAGGUGGUUUAUUUCACUGCAACAUUCCCAUAUGUGGUUCUGACCAUACUCCUGAUCCGAGGGGUUACUCUGGUAGGAGCCUACAAAGGGAUUGAAUUCUACAUUGGCAGCCAUUCAAAUUUCUCCAAACUGGCUGACAUUGAGGUCUGGAAAGAUGCUGCAACACAAAUUUUCUUUUCUCUUGCUGUAGGUUGGGGCAGUUUGAUAACACUGUCAUCCUACAAUAAAUUCCACAAUAACUGCUACAGAGACACCAUCGUUGUCUGUGUUGUUAGUUGUGCGACGAGUGUAUUUUCUGGAUUUGUCAUCUUCUCCAUCCUUGGACACAUGACUCAUGUACAAGACAAGCCUGUCUCAGAGAUUGCUGCAUCAGGUUUUGGCUUGACUUUCAUCGCCUAUCCCGAGGCCCUUGCACAGUUGCCGUGGGCACCUUUAUGGUCCAUUUUAUUUUUCUUCAUGCUAUUCAUCCUGGACGUUGACACUCAGCUUGCAGAUGUUGAAACAAUAUUCACAAUCCUGCUGGACCAGUUCCCUACGUUUCGACAAUCAAGGCGCCAUUACCUGACAGCUGCUGUUUGCCUGCUGUUUUAUUUCCUUGGCCUUGCGUUUGUAACACAGGCUGGAAUUUACAGGAUAGAUUUAGUGGAUCAUUUCUGUUCUGGAUGGAUUGUCAUUGUCACAGCUUUGCUGGAACUCAUUGGUCUCAGCUGGAUCUACGGGAUAAACCAAUUCAUCAAGGACAUUGAGAUGAUGAUUGGGAAAAGGAGCUGGCUCUUCUGGCUGUGGUGGAGAGCAUGUUGGUUUUUGAUCUCUCCAUUCAUCUUGAUUUGGUCCUUAACAACGUUUACUUCUCCAACAUAUGGACCUGUUGAAUACCCUGUCUGGGCAAUAGCAUUGGGCUGGUGUAUGACCAUCUUCUGUAUUAUGUGGAUCCCCAUUGUGGCCAUGGUGAGAGUUGUCCAAGCUGAGGGUUCCACCUUGUGGCAGAAAAUAUCUGCUGCUCGCACAUCAGCUCCUGAUUGGGGUCCGUACCUGGAACAACACAGAGGGGAAAGAUACUCGAAGAAGCCUGACUCGACAGAAGGCCCAAACUGUCUGCACCUUCUGGCCUCUCCUCAGAUUUGA